GGAGGACACGUACGGUUCGACGAAAACAUCAAGUUGGACUUCCCAGAUCUCGGCAACGAACUUAGCGUUGUCAGCGGGCGAAGCACUUCCUGGUGGAUAACUCCGAGUCUAUGCGGAAUUUUCAGAACGAGACAGCAGAGACAGUUUGGGUUUUGACUAAACUGCUCAAAAGCAGGGUGGCAAGCCACGACAAGGUCAGUCUCUCUAUGGUGAGAGACCCUCGAGAAAAGGUGUACACGCUGCGGAAGAGUUCUGUGCUGGCGGAUCUUGUCAGGAGCCACCAAUUCAGCGGUGACCAUGAAGCCAGUUGGCUACUGAGCCAUUGGCUUCAGACCCCGGAAGUGACCAAAAAAAUUGUCGCUUCUCUCCAUACGUGCAACCAGCCCAUCAGCCUUUACAUCCUCACCGAUGGCCGGUUCGGGGCCAAUUUACCCGACUUCGCCACUCCUAUCAGUGUGCUUCUAAAGCAGUUGCGGGAGACCACCCCGACCCUGAUGCGGACUUCUUUGGCAAUCACAAUUGUCCAUUUUAGGAACGGAGAUGGCCCGACUGCUGAGGAUGCCGCGCUGCGGGAAAUCCAGCAGAGAGUAGCCAGGAGCCUGAGCCAGAGUGAUAUCCAGUUGCCUCCAUCAUUAUCCGAGAAGGCAGCACCGCUCCGCCUGCCGCAGCCCUCUCAUGGGAUAACGCUGAGCACAUCCACGAUGGUUGAGCAUCGAUAUACGCAGUGAAAGAGCCUAGAAGAUGGGACCAGAGAACCAUUGGAUGCGGAAAGCGCCAUCCCCGAUGUGCCUUCGUAUGCCGGUUCGGACACUGGCUGCAUAUGGGCAAUUGUCGUUGGGGUAACUUCGAAAUUACCGAGUAUCAGCCAGUCCAAGUCAUCAACAGGACUGAAUCCCAGAACAAAACUUGCUCUCGAACUGAGAAGGGGCAUUGGGACUUGUCGGGCGCUCGCAGGACGGCAAGAACAUGAUAAACAAACCAAAGGGCGCCCUACUAGCCUCCCACAAUGUAGUACUGCACCAGCUGUUAACUCAAAGCACUGCGGAACUGGCAACCUCAACCAAUCCAGAAGUACAGAGGCUUAUGCUGCAAAUACCUACCUGACCAAGUCAUGUCAUC